GGGUCAAGAUUGAAUUUAAAUAAACAAGGUUAUUAUUGUUUUUAAUUAUUAAUUAAAAAAUAUUGAUUUAGUAUAGCACCAUGCCAAAAAUGCAUGAAAAAUCUGUCGACAUAAUAGAAGCAGUGAACAAAGGGUAUUGGAAUGUCAUUGACCAAUUUGUAGCCAAAGGUGGAGAUAUCAAUGCCAGCUUAAGAAAAACUGGACCCCAAGCUGGGUACACUGCUCUACAUUUCGCAUUCUUAAGUAAAAAUGAUACAUUUAAUUUGGAGAUAUUGGAGAAAUGGAUAAAAACCUACGGAGCAAAUGUAAAUUGCGUGGGUGCUGAUGGUGCUCAGCCAAUUCAUUUAGCUUGUUUAAAAGGAAACUCUUAUGAAGUCGGAAUGUUAUUGAAAUCUGGUGCUGAUGCUAAUGCUGAGUUUACUAAAGAACUCGUUGAAAAAUACGAAUCUUCAAAGGAUUGGAAAUGGUCUGAUGAGUUUAAUAAGAUGACGCUCUUCGUUUUCUAUAGCAUUAACGUAGAUUUCUGCAUUUUAAGAACUUUACUUCGAUACAGCGUCAACGUUGGAAUUACCGGGAAAAAUAACAAGACACUGCUGAUGCAUGGUGCUGAAAUAGCAUCAAUGAAACAUUUAAAUCUGUUUACUGAAGAAUGGGGCAACAAGUGCAAACCGGAAUUUAUCAAUGCUAGAGACGAUUAUGGACGUCACGCUAUUCACUAUUUGCUGCCAAAUGAAAAAUUUGGGGAAUUUCGGUACGCAAGAACAGAUCCCAUUUACCACCUUCUAUGGGAGUUGAUGGAAGCUGGAGCAGAUAUCAAUGCAAUGAUUGAUAAUGAUCCAGACACUCUCUUACUCAACAGAGUGGCCUACAGAUGCGAGUACGAUACGUUGGAGGGCUUUUUGAAACUUCUUUAUCCUUAUCCUGCUGAAGGUAGGCCUUUACACUAUUGUAUGAUUCCAGUUGAUCCUGAAAAGUUUGUUGAAGACUCUGAUGACAGAAGAACGUUCGAAAUAGAAAGAAAUCGGUGUUUUAAGUUAAUCCUAGAGACUUAUACCCUAAGACGUGAAUUUGGAAUCUUUGUUCAUGAAGAAGAUAUAAAAUUAAUGGAUCAACUAAUUGCUAAAGAUACGGAAGUUAGAAAGCUUGUGGAAGACAUUCAGGAAGAUGUUAUUAAUACUUAUAAAAUUAUACCUUUCAGUGAUAGUAUGACUGUUUAUGAUCUUGUGAUUAAAGUUUUUAACAAGAGAAGUUUGAAAUUAUUGGUAAAAAAUGAUAAACGUGUUCAAGACUACGCUGACUUCUUUAGAAGCAAUUUCGGGAAACAGUAUGAUCACUUCUGGCUUUUUCUUGCAAUGUCUGGUAAAAUUCAGGACGCUUAUAAGCGAAGGAAGAUUAUGGAGAAAGUUGAGGAAAUUUCACAGCUCAAGAAAGUUAUUCCUCUGCCUUAUGAAGUUAUUUUGAUGAUUAUUGAGUAUUUUGAUAAUGAUAAUUUAAAAAACUUUGUCAACUCUUUCUACGAAUGUCCUAUUUGCAAAUAAAUUACAAUCAUUUCA